AUGGCUGACAUGACAACAUUGAUAGUUAUCAGUUCCUUUAUCAUGUUCCCAGCUGUGAUGAUGGUACAGGAAGUUGUAAACCAUGGAGGUAAUGACUAAUGACAUCAGGACCAAAAUUUUAUUGCGCACCUGUUUGUAGGCAUUAUGUUUAAGCACCCUGUUGCUGUUGCUGUUUCAUAUACAGAAAGCUGUCAAAAAAUCAUUCUGAAGUAAAGAAAAAUGAAAUAAUGAUUUUUACACAUAAAAAAAUGUGCGAUCAAGACUUCAAAACCAGCCAAACGCUUUCGUUCAAGACUGAUCCUCUGUUUUACUUUCUUAAUAGAUUUUAAAUGAAUUUGUAUCUUAGAAAAUCGUGCUAUUAUUAUUAUUAUUAUUAUUAUUAUUAUCGUCUUCAUUUUUCUAUUGUUAUAAAAUUAUAAUUAUUCCUGUUCCUAUACUACCGUGGCGAAGGUCUAUAAUAGGGAGCUUAUAAAGCAACAACGACGGCGACGGUUACGAAUGAUAUCUGUAUUGUACUCUGGUUAUUGACCUGAUUGGUUAAUUAAGUCUCCCUUGAUUGGUCUUGUGUCAGUUAAGCCGUGUUGUUAUUGGCUAUGAAGACUCGGGUCGUUUCGAUCGGUCUUUUGUCACAGUUUAACAGCGACGAUCCAGCGAGAAGAAAUGGUGAUGCCAACAAUCACACUUCUUAUUGCUGAACAUGCACCAUUUCCACCCGAAACAUUAAAUCGACCGGGACUCUGCGACACGUAUUACGCAUUCUACAGACUACCAUAACUAGUACUCAUCUUAGAAAGCUGGCUUACUAAAUUAGACCAUAAGCCACUGGAAUAGCAGUCAACGGGCACGGUACAAACGACUUAUGGCGGACUCAAAACUGACAAAAACAGAAGUGACUUUAUAGGAAAGAGACAAUUUGACUAACAAUAAACGACUAUAACAACAAACGACUUUGACUAUGAAGAUGACUACCCGACACAGUCCUAUUCAGGACUACACCCUGACGAUCAUGCUCCACCUACUUAUGGAUUUAUAAUUACUGUUCAUUUAUUGUUUUGCUGUUUCGCAGUUUGUCCCGUUCCGAUGAAUAAAGAAGAAGAAGAGAUAAUUAAAGAGCAGGAAAGAAACAGAGAAGAAAUGGAAGAGAUCAUGAGAGAGAUUGAAAUCAGUUGUUUAGGUGAGUGAUAAAAAACCAUGGGAUGAAUAAUUAAGUACAAGUAAAAAUAACUUAAGGUGGCUCCGUAAUUAAUACAAGAGCAUUUAGCUGUGACAAAUUUUCCGUCAUAACUUUUUCGACUUUAACGUGAUGGCUGCGAAACUUUGGAAAGAACAACAGAUAUCAUUCGGCAAUAAUACGAAAUAUUCCGAUUUCACUGAUGGUAAAUAUUUCUUGAGAAAUUAUCGCUUACAAGGACCCUAAUGUUCAAAGAAAAUCGCGUCUAGUAAAAAAUUUUGCUGAUAUUUUUUACUGAAAUUUCUGGUAUCGGCUUUAAUUGAUAUAAUAAAUAUGCCAGAGGAAUUUCAGAAAAAUCGUUGGAGCAGAAGUCCGUAACUAAAAGUCGCUCAAAAUUUAGCUGUGAAAUUGUUUUUGAAUUUCAAAAAUAAAUUACUAUCAGGAAGAAGGAGACACCAGUUUCAAUUUUCGGGACAAGUAAAAUCAGUGUUUGUUAAUUCUGAAAACAGAAGCCGAUUGCCUAUCGUGUUAUUCUUUAAAAGGUACUUUUCAGUUUUAGAAGCACUAUAAAUUGCUCCAAACUUUGCUCUGACGUCGAAUGACUUGUUCCUCGACAUUUUUAAAAUAUCCCUUGGCAGUUUUGGUUCAAACUCCUGCUACAUGCAUUUUGAUGUAUUGCAAUGCAUCCUCAACGGCUUUUCCUGCUGUAUGUCUGUAUGUUGUUUCCAAUUCAGGAAAAAGGUAUUGGGAUUGUAAGCUACCUUGUAUCGAAGCUCAGAUAGAACUGUUCAGCACCUUUGUUUAUGACCAGAAAAUGAGCACGAGCGGCAGCUCUGGGAGGAAAUCGCACCACAGCCAGGGGGGACGAAUGACAAUGAUGCCCAUGUCUGUGAACCGAUCUGUAUAAACAUGUAUUGCAGAGCAAAACAUAAUAAUCAAGAAAAAAAUACCCACUCAUUGAAGAAAGGAGUGACAAAAAUUUCAGAGUUGUAAAUUUAUUCACGGGCAGUAUUUUUGCGAUAAUUUUAUUUUGCACUGUGAUGUUAUUCGGUUCACAGGCAUGGUCAUCAUUGUCGUUUGUCCCCCCUGGGUGAGUUGCGAAUUCCUCGCAGAACUGCCGCUCGUGCUCAUUUUGUAGUCAUAAACAAAGGUGCUGGACAGUUCUAUCUGAGCUCUGAUACGAGGUAGCGUCCAAUCUCAAUACUUUCUUUCUGAGUUGGAAGCAACGAACAGCAGUAAAAGUCGCUGAAAAUACAUUGCAAUACAUCAAAAUGUAUGCAGCAGGAGUUUGAGCCAAAACUACCAAGGGAUAUUUUAAAACUGUCGAAGAACAAGUAAUUCUACUUCAGAGCAAGGUUUGGAGCAAUUCAUAGUGCUUCUAAAACUAAAAAGUACCUUUUAAAGAAUAGCACGAUAGGCAAUCGGCUUUUGUUUUAAGAAUUAGCAAACGUUGAAUUUACUUGUCCCGAAAAUUCAAACUGGUGGCUCCUUCUACCUGAUAGUAAUUUAUUUUUAAAAUUCCAAAACAAUUUCACAGCUGAAUUUUGAGUGACUUUUAGUUACGGACUUCUGCUCCAACGAUUUUUCUGAAAUUCCUCUGGCAUAUUUAUUAUAUCAAUUAAAGCCGAUACCAGAAAUUUCAGUAAAAAAUAUCAGCAAAAUUUUUUACUAAACGCGAUUUUCUUUGAACAUUAGGGUCCUUUUAAGCGCUAAUUUCUCAAGAAAUAUUUACCAUCAAUGAAAUCGAAAUAUUUCGUAUUAUUGCCGAAUGAUAUCUGUUGCUCUUUUCAAAGUUUCGCAGCCAUCGCGUUAAAGUCGAAAAAGUUAUGACGGAAAAUUUGUCACCACUAAAUGCUCUUGUAUUAAUUACGGAGCCACCUUAAGGAGGGUUGGGGUCGUUUUUGUUAUACAAAGAACAAUGUAAAUUAUGCAUUUCUCAACCCCUUCUCUUCAUUGGAAGCGUUGUCGCUCAUGGGACGAAAAAAUCCCACGCGGAUACCCGGGGGGGGGAGGGGGUGUACUAAGGAUUUCAAGGGACAGAUCCUCAAAGCUUUUGUUCCAACGCCUACUCUCCAUUGUAUAUACAACGCUCCUCAUUCAAUCUUAAUUCGAUUAUAGUGAUAUUGUCUGGGGUAAUAAUAGAAAAACUUUGUUUGACAGGUUACAGAAGCUUCAGAACCGUGCUGCUCGUGUUCUAACCUUUUCUAGAUGUGAUGCUUAUGCCAACCGCUAAUUUAAACAACUUAAUUGGAAAGACUUUAGCACUCAGUUUCAAAUACAAAAAGCCCUAAUGGUUCACAAGUCUUUAAAUGAUCUUGUUCCCGGAUAUUUACCCUCUAAAUUGUUAAACGAUGGGAAACGCACUACUCUCUAAGGGACUUUGUUAACAAACUGAGUGGGAACUAACUUCAUGAAGAACAGCUUCAGUUAUAGCGCACAAGUGAUAUGAGAGGCUAAAUUUUUAACAAUACCAAUUAACUGCACUGAAGCACACGUACCAUCACUGCGUUAUGGCCAAUACCUUAUGCAUGCGCACAACCAUAUCACCCAAGCAGUGGCAGCCAUAGACAGCUGGUUCGCCCUUAUUGGGGCUCACCCGCCUGGCAUAGCCGUUGGGUCAAUUAUCGGGGGAUUACUGGCGUAUCAAAGAACAUUUACUGCCGAGCUGUCAAACACUGCUUUAAGCGCCAGCUCCACCGUAAACAAGUGGUAGCUGUUGGUUGGGAACUGCAAAACAGUUCUCCCACGGCAUGCGUAUGGAGAUGAUAUCACUGAGAAAAAUUAAACUGUGUGCCCAAAUAAAUUUGGGGAGGGGGGCGGGGGUGAGGAAGGGGUUUCUGAUCCAUAACACAUAGUAAUUAUUCUAAAUAUCAACACUUUCCUUCCAAGGACAUAUUAUUUCUUCCACAUCUCUCAGCCAGCAAAAAUUGGUCUGAAGAACAGAUAUUUUGAGGAACAGAUCCAUUGGGUGCCCCUGAGUGUAGCCCUGGCAGCACUACACAAUGCGUCUUUAGUUGUGCAAAGUUUCUUGAUUGAAGUUUUGAGACUAACGUUCCAAGUCCUUAUCGGUUGGGGACUCCCAAAUUGCUCCAUCUUCUGAAGUUCGAAACCUAGGAGCUUGGUUUGAUUCUAAAAUGAGUAUGCUAAGUCAUAUCAACAAAACUUGCUCAUCCGCUUUCAAUUAUCUUUAUAACAUGCGUAGAAUUAGGAAAUAUUUAAGUCGUUCAGUCACCGAAUCAUUAGUUCAUGCUUUUAUCACCAGUAGAAUAGAUUAUUGUAACAGUCUACUAUAUGGCCUCCCGAAUUCACAUAUCAUGAAACUCCAACGGAUACAGAAUGCCGCGGCUCGGUUGGUCACCGGAACACCUAGAUUCUGCCAUGUUACACCAUUGCUUUUCCACCUUCAUUGGCUUCCAAUAAGUUACCGUAUAAAGUUUAAGAUUCUACUUUUGACAUUUAAGUGCUUAUAUGGUCAAGCUCCUAAUUAUCUAAUUGAUUUCAUUACUACCAAAAAGCAAUCCAAGUACUCUCUAAGGUCAAAUGAGUCUAUAUUCCUCGAGUUACCAUGCAUUAAGACCCAUCCAACUCUUGGCGAUCGUGCAUUCCAGUCAGCUGCACCUUAUCUCUGGAAUGCAUUACCUUCGGAAAUUCGCAACAUGAAGACAUUGGACACUUUUAAGACUGCUGUUAAAACUCAUUUUUUCAAUUUAGCUUUUAAAUAGAUUUAAUUGUUGGCUUUUAUAAUAGUUUUUUUUUUUUUUUUUUUUUAAUUAUUAUCAUUAUUUAUUUAUUUAUUUUUAUUUAUAGUUUUUAAUACUUUUUAUUGUAGUUUUUAAUAGUUGCUCAUGCUUUAGUCACCUUUAACAUAAAUUUAAUAUAACAAUAUUGUAAAGCGCAACCGAAUAUAUUCAUAUAGAGGUUUGCGCUAUAUAAAUGUAAAUUAUUAUUAUUAUUAACAAACUUGUUUUAGUAAAUCACGCAGUGGUUGGUGACAUUGAACGAAGAGUAUUCAUAGAUUAUAAAAAUUUUGAACUCACUUGAACUGUUGCAAAUAAACCAUUUAAACAACUCUUGAUCGGCUGAAACUGAAAACUGAGUUUGUCGGUGGAUUACUUUACGUCAAAUUCUUACCUAACUUCCACUUGCUGAUUUGUAGAUGAGUGUAAAACAGGACUACACAACUGCCACAAUGAUGCAUACUGCACCAACACCAAGCGUUCCUUCACUUGUACUUGUAAGCGAGGAUAUACUGGGGAUGGUGUUAACUGUGCAGGUAGCCAACCAUACGGAGCUUAAACUAACAGCAUUUCAUCUUUAGUUUUAUGCUAUUCCAUACCAUAAAGAUUAGAGCCAAUGAGAAAGCUGGAAAUCGGUUUCAUAUUUAGUCAGUGGUAUGUCACAGUUCGGUAGUCUUGGUGGUGUGGACGCGCGCAACCACAAAAUGACGUAAUACAAAAGAUUAAAAAGACACUGAACAAUAUCCACACCACAUAACAAUAGCUAACCAACAAUAGUUUUCUCAUCACCAAGAAACACCCCACAGGUCGUAUCCAUGAAAAUGUUGGUGCGAACAGGCUCACAUGUGCGAUUUCGAGGGACAUUUUGGCGUGUGCAUUUCCUAGCCCUAUUAUUCUGACCGGCUUUGCGUGCUCGAUCCGCCAAAAUUUUCUUUUUCUCAGGCUAAAUUCCCCCAGCGAAAGCUUUCCAAGUGUGCAGCACGUAAAACUGAGUGGACAUAAAAAUCGAACAAAGUCUGCUGAUAAUUCAGCAUUAACUCUUGAUUGCAGACAUAAACGAGUGUGAGACUGGAGAACACCUAUGUGACACCGAUAUUGCAGAGUGCGAAAACGCUAAAGGACAUUACAAGUGUGUUUGCAAAAGUGGACAUGAACAUAAAUGUGCAGGUAAAUAUACCACCGAGCACUUCAAGUUAUGCUAAUUGAAAUGUAUACUUUAGUAAUUUCUUCUUCUUUUCUCGGGUUUACUUGCGUUGAAUAAUGUUGAAAUGAUAAAGGCAUCGACAAAAUAGGAACGUGGACGGCAUAUUAUGAUGCUUUCUAAAACAGAUCUACGGUUUGAUAAUUCAACGUUAACUCUUAAUUUGCAGACAGAAACGAGUGUGAGACAGGAAAACACAGCUGUAACGCCACCAGUUCAUUGUGCCGUAAAACUAAACGAUCCUUUUAGUGUCCACGCACAAGUCAUGUUGAAGGUGAUCAGUUUCUCAAUUGCCAACAUUCAUGACAUUGUUGAGACAUGGUUGCCUGAGGCAUAGGUUUUGAAAUUCCUAAACUGAUCAUGACAGCCACAUGUACACUUUCCUGACCAAAUGAAUUGACAAUUUGUGCAGACAAUGGCUUCUAAACUCCGGUCGAAACCUCGUGUACUGGACACAAAUGACGUAAAACAAAACGCUUCUUUGUUGUCUGUUCAGGGAAAAAUCUGCUUGGUAUUGUUUCAUGGUUUUUGUUCUUUUGUUUUACGUCAUCUAUGUCGGGUACACGAAGUAAAUGACCAAACUCCCAUCACAACCGGCCAUCCUCUCCACCCAUUUAUUACAUGAAUUUAUCGUGAAUGUAAAGUGCAGAAUGGAUAGAUCUUAUAGGAAACCCUAUAUCUGCUUGUCGUUUAAUUUCAUGAAACAAUAUUCUGCCAAUGGAACAUGUUUAACUUUUGUGAGUAUGUCUCCUCCCUCUGACUUCUUUGAAAGAGUUAAAUUUUCCCUGACUCAUAUUGUCAUACAUGUCGCACACUAAUAUUCUGAGGAGAUCCGAAAUACACAUGUUAUUUUGAUUUCUCAAUCUCACAAGCUCAUUUAAGUUUUACAUCCCCUUAUGACUACCACUCACUACAGUGUGUACUCACCCCACCCCUCCCCAUCGAACGCACUCCCCAAAUUGGCAAUUAUUACUAGUAUAAACCUAUUGCUUUUUUUGCUCUUCUCGUUGCCGUCGCCGUCUCCGUCGUCGUUGCUCAAGCUCCCUAUUGUUGUGAUCUGGUAAUUUUGCUACCAUAGUAACGUGACGUCACACGUCUCCUUUCUAUUUUAAGGUGGCUCGAUAUAGUUUUUCAAGGUCAAUACCUCCCAAGUUUGAGCGUAAACUGCGUCGCCAUAAACAAGGAUUUGGAAAAAUUGACACCACAGUUGUAUUAGAUAAAGAAGAAAAUUGGUUAUAAUCAGGGUUGCAAUGACAUCGGAGUUGUCAUAGCAACGAAAUGACGCCAUUACCUAUUUUACUUGCAGUAGUAUUUCUCAGCACUGGGAACUGUUCUUCCAAAAUCGUUUACUGGAGCUUUUACCUACGAUAGCUGCCUCGAUGUUCCUGAAGUUUAAGCGAAAUCUGUAAGAGCGUUAUCGAGAUAUUCUGGGAUGAAGUUUUUCUGGUUAGAAAUACGGUAAAAAAUUGACAAUCUUGAUGUUGGACUGUUAUCUGUACUAAACGAAGCGCUUUUGACAUGCAAUUUCACCUCAUAGUAGUUUCAAUCUUUUUAAAAACGUGUGUGAAAGAUCAUGGAGAUACCUCCAGCCGAUUGCUAGAAAGGAGGAUUUGAUUAGUACGUAUAGGGGCGCUCUUGUUAGCGGUAAUGUAAACAUUUCGGUCUACUUUAACAAAUUAGCGAAUAAUUUUUAAACCGCUCGAUAAAUUUUUUAGAAAAUUUAAGAGUCUUGAGAUUAACCCUCCUUUUAUAUGACCUCUUAGUUUCAAAAUUAUUGAUAUAUUGUAAGGCAGUAAAAUAAGGGCUUGAAUUCGCUAACAUUUUGUCAGAAAUUUUGUGUUUACAAGUGAAAGCCUCUCAUUAUUCAGGGCUAUUGUCUCCAAGUUUCAUAUUUUCGUGCACAACAAUAGCUAGCAGUUUUGCAUAUGUCAAAUGCAUUGUUAGUUACUGCUGUUCACGUGAAAAUGAAACUUUGAGACAAUACCCCUGAAUAAUAAGAGGCUCUCACUUGUAAAGACAAAAUUUCUGACAAAAUAUUAGCGAAUUGUAGCCCUUAUUUUACUACCUUACAAUAUAUCAAUAAUCUUGAAACUAAGAGGUCAAAUAAAAGGACGGUUUAUCUCAACACUUGUAAAUUUUUUAGAAAAUUUAUCGAGCGGUUCAAAAAUUAUUCGCUAAUUUGUUAAAGUAGACCGAAAUGUUUACAUUACCGCUAACAAGAGCGCCCCUAUACGUACUAAUCAAAUCCUUCUUUCUAGCAAUCCGCUGAAGGUAUCUCCAUGAUCUUUCACACACGUUUUUAAAAAGAUUGAAACUACUAUGAGGUGAAAUUGCAUGUCAAAAGCGCUUCGUUUAGUACAGAUAACAGUCCAACAUCAAGAUUGUCAAUUUUUUACCGUAUUUCUAACCAGAAAAACUUCAUCCCAGAAUAUCUCGAUAACGCUCUUACAGAUUUCGCUUAAACUUCAUGAACAUCGAGGCAGCUAUCGUAGGUAAAAGCUCCAGUAAACGAUUUUGGAAGAACAGUUCCCAGUGCUGAGAAAUACUGCUGCAAGUAAAAUAGGUAAUGGCGUCAUUUCGUUGCUAUGACAACUCCGAUCUCAUUGUAACCCUGAUCAUAACAAAUUUUCAUCUUUAUCUAAUACAACUGUGGUGUUAAUUUUUCCAAAUCUUUGUUUAUGGCGUCGUAGUUUACGCUCAAACUUGGGAGGUAUUGACCCUGACAAACUGUAUCGAGCCACCUUAAGUAAUUUUAAGGUCAUCUUUCCUGAACAGCCAAUAGGAACUGUGCUGAGCUAUACAAAGCUGGCAAAACAAUCAGCGGUGUGUACACAAUCGACCCUGAUGGUGAAGGUGCCUUUGAUGUGUUCUGUGAUCAAAAAACAACCGGAGGGGGGUGGACAGUGUUUCAGAAGAGACUGGACGGCUCGGUUUAUUUCUACCGUUCCUGGGAUGACUACAAAAAUGGGUUCGGUGACCUGAAUGGCGAGUUCUGGCUUGGAUUGGACAAGAUUUACCGCCUGACGGAAAAGAAACGCAACCGCCUUCGAGUUGAUCUGGAGGACUUUACAUUCAGCACUGCUUACGCUGAAUAUGACAUAUUUGAAGUUACAAACGAAACGACUAAAUACAAGCUCAGUCUAGGAAUGUACUCAGGUAUGGUGCUUGGAAUGUAUUUAAUUUUGAUGUUUAGUAUUUUGUCUUCGUGUCUUAAUUAUUCGUUCAAGGCUUGUUUGUUGGCGGUUUCUUGACUUCUUGCAAACUUGAAAACUCUAGGAAGUUUCAAAAGGAGCUCAGUUACUUUUCCAAACGUAGCUCCCCUCUUGUACUUCAAUACUAGAUUACAUUCAGGUAUUCUACUCCAAACAUUCCUGGUAAAAUGUCCUUGUAUGACUGCAGGAACUGCUGGUGACUCAUUAUCGGUGCAUCGUGGCCAUCCGUUUACCACUAAAGACCGAGAUCAUGAUGAAAGUGCCAAAUUCAACUGCGCUGCGUACUUCAAAGGAGCCUGGUGGUACACUAAUUGCCAUGCUUCAAACCUGAAUGGUUUGUACUACAACGGUUCACGUGCACAUAAAGGUCAAGGUAUCAUCUGGAAUACAUGGAAAGGAAAUCAAUACUCUGUCAAGAGAGCUGAGAUGAAAAUCAGACCGGCCAACUUUUAGGACUUUUACGGUACCCUAGGACGUCUUGUUUCCGUAUUAGGUUCCUAGUAACAAACAAAAUUUCAUGGUAAAAUAGCGCAUUUACUCGAAUAAGCGCCCCCCGAUUUAUUGCGGCUCUCAAAUAAUUUAAAGCGCCGCAUUUGGGACAAAAAUAGUUAAUAAGCGCCACCCCCAAAUACGCGGCGCGACACCAAUGCAAU